AUGCCCGCUCUUUCACUUCUCGCGCUAGCUAUCGCCCCGUUCCUGGUCAACGGCCAGCUCUCCGGUAGCGUUGGUCCGCUUACAUCGGCUUCCUCCAAAGCUGCACACAAGACAUGUAACGUGCUGGACUACGGUGCUGUGGCUGACAACUCAACCGACCUUGGGCCUGCCAUAACGUCGGCCUGGGAUGAGUGUUCUGACGGAGGGCUGAUCUACAUUCCUUCUGGUAACUAUGCGCUGGAGACUUGGGUCACUCUGGAUGACGGCAAAGCGACGGCCAUCCAGCUGGAUGGUGUCAUCUACCGCACAGGAACAGACGGCGGUAAUAUGAUCCUGGUUGAGAACACAUCUGACUUCGAGCUGUUCAGCAGCACGGAUGAGGGUGCCGUUCAGGGGUUCGGAUAUGUAUACCACCGGGAGGGCGAUCUCGACGGGCCGCGGAUUCUGCGGCUGCAGGAUGUCAGCGAUUUCGCGGUGCAUGAUAUUAUCCUGGUUGAUGCACCCGCCUUUCACUUCGUCAUGGAUACCUGCUCCAAUGGCGAGGUGUACAACAUGGCGAUCCGGGGUGGUAAUUCGGGUGGCUUGGAUGGGGUUGAUGUCUGGGGUAGCAACAUCUGGGUUCACGACGUCGAGGUAACCAACAAGGAUGAAUGUGUCACGGUCAAGAGCCCUGCCAACAACAUCCUAGUGGAGAGCAUCUACUGCAAUUGGAGUGGAGGCUGUGCGAUGGGGUCUCUGGGAGCUGACACGGACAUUACUGAUAUCCUGUACCGGAACGUCUACACUUGGAGCUCCAACCAGAUGUAUAUGUUUAAGAGCAAUGGCGGCAGCGGGACUGUGAGCAACACUCUUUUGGAGAACUUCAUCGGGCACGGCAAUGCAUACUCGCUGUACAUUGACAGCUACUGGAGCAGCAUGACGGCCGUGGCUGGAGAUGGGGUGGAACUAAGCAACAUCACCUUUAAGAACUGGAAGGGGACGGAGGCGGAUGGCGCCGAGCGCGGCCCCAUCAAGGUGGUAUGCUCGGACACGGCCCCUUGCACCGACAUCACCAUCGAGGACUUUGCCAUGUGGACCGAAAGCGGCGAUGAGCAGACGUACACGUGCGAGUCGGCGUACGGGGACGGCUUCUGCCUGAAGGACAGUGACUCCACAACGUCCUACACUACGACGGUGACCGUCACCACGGCGCCAUCGGGGUACUCCGCUGCUACCAUGGCCGCCGACCUGUCGACAGCCUUUGGCACCGACGAGUCCAUCCCCAUCCCCACCAUGCCAACCUCGUUCUACCCGGGGUUGACGCCGAUCAGCUCCUUGGGAGCUGCUGCAACGACAGCCUGA